AUGCAGUCUUCUUCUUUUACACCUGAAUGUGAUGAGCAUUUGAAGCCUAAAGUGGGUAUGACAUUUGAAGGACUCGAGGCCGUGGCGAAGUUCUACAAGGCAUAUGCACAUCAAUCAGGUUUUGGCGUUCGUAUUGGACAGCAGAAAAAGAUUGAGAAUAAGGUGGUCCGGACUAAGCGUUUCAUGUGUAAUAGAGAAGGAUUCAAGUCAAAAGAUAUUAAGGAGAUUAAUGACCCCUUGAGGAAAAGACGUAAGCAGACAGACACGCGAUGCGGUUGUGAUGCCCAUAUAUUUGUUAAACUUUGUGGGGAGAACACCUACAAGAUAGACUCAUGGAUUGAGCAUCAUGUUCAUGGUCUUGUAUCACCUGAUAAGCGUCAUUUGAUCAGAUCCAAUCGUAGAGUUAGUGAGAGGGCAAAGAAUACUUUAUACACAUGUCAUAAAGCAAGCAUUGGAACCUCCCAGGCAUACAGGCUCCUGCAAGUUAGCGAGGGUGGAAUUCCGAAUGCUGGGUGCACAAAGAGGGACUUCCAAAAUUACUAUCGCGGACUCAGGUAUAAAAUCAGAGACGCAGAUGCUCAAAUGUUUGUGGCCCAAUUAGCUAGAAAGCAGGAAGUGAAUUCAGCAUUUUUCUAUGAUUUUGAGGUGAAUGAUGAGGGGAACCUGGUGCGUGUGUUCUGGGCGGAUGCCACAAGUAGGAAGAACUAUAGUCACUUUGGUGAUGUGAUAUCCUUCGAUUCUACAUACACCACUAAUCAGUACAACAUGAUAUUUACACCAUUUACAGGGGUUAAUCAUCACUUACAAAGUGUCCUUUUUGGUGCUGGAUUCUUAUCAAAUGAGAAGGAUGAGUCAUACAUUUGGUUAUUUCAGACCUUCCUAAAAGCAAUGGGAGGGGUAGCACCUAGACUCAUCAUAACUGAUGAAGCUGCUAGCAUCAAGAAUGGUAUUGACAAAGUUCUUCCAGCCACUAUGCAUAGGUUAUGCAUGUGGCAUAUAAUGGAAAAGGUGCCUGAAAAAGUUGGACCUUUGAUUAGAGAAGAUUCUGAAUUUUGGCCGAGGUUGAACUCAUGUGUUUGGGGUUCAGAAACUGCAAGUGAGUUUGAAUCACAAUGGAAUUCCAUCAUUACAGAUUUUGGGUUGGAGGAUAACGAGUGGUUAGCUAAGAGGUUUACCAUUAGAGAUACAUGGAUACCAGCCUACUUUAUGGAUAUAUCUCUUGCGGGCUUGCUCCAAACCACUUCAAGGUCAGAAAGUGCAAAUUCUUUUUUCAACCAUUUCAUUCAUCGUAGGCUUGCUUUUGUUGAGUUCUGGCUUAGGUUCGACACGGCUUUAGAAUGCCAACGUGAGGAAGAAUUAAUGGCAGACAAUAGAAGCAUGCAUACCACCCCACAACUAUUUACGCCAUGGACAAUGGAGAAACAAGGUAGUGAGGUAUUCACAUAUGAGGUAUUCGAGAAAUUUCAGCUACAAGUUAUUGCUGCUAGAGAUCAUUGUUGUGUUCAGGGUAUUGCACAGGGUGUGGGGUUAAAAAUGGUGACCCUGAGAGGUCGAUCUGAUAAGGUGUUGAGGAUUGAGAACCAAAACGAGCUUCCCAACUACUACAUUAUGAAAAGAUGGAAGAAACGGUGCAAGAGGGAGAAUGUUUAUGAUGAACAGGGGAACCUACUAGAAGAAAAGCCCACAGAUUCACUAGAUGCAGCCACGAGAAAGAAGAUUUCGACUGUACGUGAUAAGAUGGAAGAGCUGAUUCAAAAGGCAAAGCACUCAAAUGAAGGCAUGGACUUCUUAACAUCAAGUGUGUUGAGCAUUGAGGCGCCUUUAGACCAAAUGGUCCCUACAGCCACACAGAACACUAGGCAAGAGGAAUAUGAGGCUUUUAUUGGUUGUAAUAUUCCUACAGAAGUUCAUAUACAUCCACCAACUGAUGUUCGUACCGUGGGGAGAUGCAAAAGAAUAAAGAGUGGAAAGGAGAUCAAGGAGGGUGAUAGGAAAAGGAAGGACAAAGAAGCAAAGUUAAAGGUUGCACGCUUGUGCAAGACAUGCAAGCAAAUGGUGUUUCAUGAUAGUCGCAAUUGUCCAAGCAAAACUAUUCAAGGGAAAAGGAGCUUGAUUGCGGAAGAUGUGCAACCAAAUGGUGCUUCCUGA